AUGCGUCAGCUGGACCAAGGCCGGCGGGCGCUGCUGCGCUACCUGCUGCAGGACCUGCAAUUCCGCGGCAGGGACGUGCUGCUGCCCGUGGGCUGCUCUGACUUUGACGAGUGGCUGCUGGAUGCGCUGAUUGUGGAGAGGCUGCUGAAGCAGCUCAAGACGCUCAUAUCAGGCGACGCCACGCCAUCUGCGGUGGCGGCAGCCGCCGACGCGGCGGUGGCUGCCAAGCAGGACUGCCACCUGCCGCAGCUGCGCCUCAAGUCGCUGCAAGCCUCGCCUGGCCUGCUGGCUGACCUGCGUGCCAGCCUGGAGCUGAACGAAACGGAGCUUCAGCGCAUCACCCUGCUGGUGGGCCAGCACGGCAUCACCUCUCUGGCCUCCCUGGAGAUGUACAUCAGGCUGCUGCAGGUCACGGUGUGGCACCCGCUGCAGAUCACGCCCGACGUCCACAACGCCGUCUUUGCCUGGGUCCACUUUCGCCAGAUGGUGCCCUACAAGAUCGUGCGCGCCGCCGACGGCGACGCGUGGGUGGAGGCGGGCGGGCAGCGCUACAGCCCCUCCCAGAUGGGCGCCUUUGUGCUGAUGAAGAUGAAGGAGACGGCUGAGCGGUACCUGGGGCGCCCCGACGCGGGGCGCAUCGCGGGCCUGGAAGUGCUGCACAUCAUCAACGAGCCCACGGCGGCGGCGCUGUGCUACGGCAGCGACAAGAAGGAGGGGCUGGUGGCUGUGUACGACCUGGGCACCUUUGACAUCUCCAACGUGGAGAUCAGCGGCGGCGUGUUCGAUGUCAAGGCCACCAACGGCAACACCUUCCUGGGCAGUGAACAACACCCUGCUGCAGCACAUGGUGGCAUCGACCUCACCAAGGACAAACUGGCGGUGCAGCGGCUGCGCGAGGCGGCGGAGAAGGCCAAGUGCGAGCUGUCCAGCAUGAGGCAGACCGAUGGCAACCUGCCCUUCAUCACCGCCGAUGCCUCGGGCGCCAAGCACCUGCAGAUGAACAUCGCCCGAUGGGUGUUAGUUCCUGUUGGGGUGGCUUCCGCUGAGCUGCGCUCCAAGUUUGAGCAGCUGGUCGAGUCGCUGCUGGACCGCACGGUGCACGAGAUGGUGCGGGACAUCUUCAAGAAUGAGCCCAACAGGUCGAUGAACCCCGAUGAGGACCUGCUUCGCUCCGAGAGCGAGAACCUGCAGAUCCGGGAGAAUGAGGGCGGCGUGUUUGUGUCGGGUGUGCACCAGCAGGAGGUGCAGAACAUCACGCAGUGCCUGCACCUGCUUCACCUGGGCGACCGCAACCGCCCCACCGCCUUCACCGCGCUCAACGCCCACUCCAGCCGCUCCCACGCUGUGAUCAUGCUGACCGUCAUCAAGCGGCGGUCGGUGUCGGGGACGGGGGAGGCCAAGAUCCAGCGCGUCAAGGUGGGCAAGCUGUUCCUGGUUGACCUGGCGGGCAGCGAGCGGCUGAAGAAGAGCAAGUCCACGGGGCUGCGUGCCAGCGAAGGCAAGUCCAUCAACCUCUCCCUCACCACGCUGGGCAUGUGCAUCAACGCGCGGGCCGACCCCGCAGCCACCCACGUCCCCUUCCGCGACUCCAAGCUCACCCGCCUGCUCCAGGAUUUUCUGGGUGGCAACGCCAAGACCAGCCUGCUGGUGGUGGCCUGCGAUGCGGCGGAGCAUGUCGACGAGACGCUGCAGAGCCUGCAGUUUGGGCUGCGCGCCAUGUGUGUGCGCACGCAGGCGGUGGUCAACGAGCGCGUCAACUACCACACCCUGCACGACGAGAUGAUUGCCGCGCUGGAGACUCAGGACCGCAAGUCCAGCCUGCUGGAGGCAAGCCUGCUGGAGAAGAAUGCGCAGCUGGAGGCGGUGCAGGCGCAGCUGCAGCAAGAGCAGCAGGAGGCGGUGCGCAAAGUGGAGCAGCUUCAGCGGGAGCGUGAGAUGCUUGAGGAGGAGCAGCGGCGGUAG